AUGUCGACCAGACGCAGCACUCGUGCCACGAGCAGGCAAGCUAGCGAUCGAGGUGCUUCCCCUGCUAUCUCAACGGCUGAUAUCCCUGCAACCCCGAGACGUGCCUCCCGCAGAGGUGGAAGUACUGCAAAUGCCCCACUGCCUGCGGUCGGCCUUCGAACAAGCACGGCCUAUGGCACCAAUACAGUCCCAGAACCUGCGAGAGCAGCUGGAGCUCAGGUUGGAGAGCAACUUAACAACAUUCUUGGAGGAAUUCUCAAUCCCGUCCCAGAAACAACCACUUCAGACAGAAAUAGAUCUCGUACGCCUGCUGGCCGUGGUGGAAGACACAGCCGUGGAAGUACGCCUGUUCAAUCGGAUGCAAACCGGAGCUUCCAUCAUGAGAGUGGUAUCUUCAAUCAAGCUGCUAUCGAUGAUUCAGUUGUCCAAGAUUCUCCCGAGUUAAAAGAGAUUCCUGAAGAGCGCGAGUCGGUUGCUUCGGGUCCUUUUCCCAUGAGCAUUGACACCAGACUUGAGCGAGAAGAAAUUGCUAUGCGUCAAGAACUCGCGGCCUUAGCUCGUCAACGUCUUAUCGAGGCACGAGCAGCCCGUGGUCAGACGACAGUAGCAGACAUCUGGAAUACCAGAGAGGCAUCCUGGGCCUGGGCAGUGUCUUUUGGCAGAUGGGUUUGGUCCUUCCGUAAAUUUUUCCUCUCGUUGGGCAAGGAACUUGGCACCUUGGUCGUCAUUGCCAUCCUCGCGUCCACGGCCAUUAUGGCCUUCCGGAACUCAGAUGUCCAAUUUUAUGGCAUGGACAUCACCCACAAUAUUGGCCAGUUCAUCCCAUAUUCAAUCCGCCACCCCUUCGACAACUUUAAUCCUGCUGAAAUCAAAGACAUUCAUCGACGUUUGAAUGAUCUCGAAUAUCAAGCGGCCAGGAUCAAAACCCACUCCGAAAUUGAUCCGAAAACCUUCGCCAAACUCGAAAAACUGAUUCCUGAUGCUCUCUUGGUUAAAAAGGAUAAGUACGGAAAUCUUGUCAUUCCUGACGACUUUUGGCAUGCUCUUCAAGGCAAGAUUCGAUCUGACCAAACUCUCAUCUCCUAUCGAUCCGAUGGCAAGAGUACUUCACCAGGCACUAGUCUUUCUGUCAAAGACGUGGAACGGAUUUCCGGAAGAGAGUAUGAAAAGUUCAUGAAGAGCAACCAAGCGAAGAUGACUGCAGUAUUGGGGGAUGAACUUGCCAAGAAGUUUCCUCGCCUCCUCGAAGACAACCAUAUCGCCUCCAAGCCAGAAAUCCUCCGAAUUAUUCGUCAAAGUUGGGACGACAAUCAAAAAGAAAUCAAACUGGAAAUGAACCAGUUAACGAAGAAGCUGGAGAACGCAAGUCGCCUAAUUCAACAGCUUCAUCAGGACCCUGCCGGUCUCACCGCAAAAGAGGUCAAGGCCAUUGCCGAAGAAGUUGUCAGGAAGCUCCUUCCACAUGCACAACUCGAAGCUCUGGCCAGAUCAAACCUCCAACAAACUGUCAACUAUGGCCUUACCCGCGUCAACCAUUUCUCCAAAGGCACUGGUGCAGUCAUCGAUCCCUACAGCACAUCCCCAAAUUACAUCUUUCCAAGUCAGAAUGUCUGGUUCCCUAACCGAUGGAUGAGAGCCAUGAUGCUCAAUUCCGUCCCAGCACCCAAAGCCCCGGAGACUGCACUUACAAGAUGGGAUGAACAUGGCGACUGCUGGUGCUCCCCUUCAAACGAUGCCGAUGGUUUUGGAACGAGUCUCGGUGUCAUCAUGGCCAGCACCAUUUACCCAGACCAAGUUGUCGUUGAGCAUAUUUCGCCGUCGGCAGCACUUGAGCCAGGAGCUGCUCCAAGAGAAAUGGAGCUCUUUGCCUUCAUGGAUAGUGCAUUGGAAACCUACAGCAGCUUCAAGACAAUGUCAGACGACAUGUUUGGUGUCGAUGCUGACGUGUCCCUUCCAUACGGCUGGGUUCGUAUUGCCUCCUUCACUUACGAUAUCGAAUCAAAUCAAAAUGUUCAGUCCUUCCCAGUGCAGUUGGACAUGAAAGCUUUGGGCGCCGCCACGAACAAAAUCAUUGUUCGCUCUAAGAGCAACUGGGGCGGAGAGAACGUAGGAUAUACCUGCAUUUACAGAGUUCGCUUGCAUGGAGAGAUAGCUGCUUAA